UGGGAGGCGUGGCGCGUCCCGAGCGUCGCCGCGCGCAGCUGUGGCGGUGUGUGCCAGUGGCAGGUAGCAACGGCCGACGCUGAGGAGCUGGAGGGGUCCCCGCACGCAUUGUGGGAGUUGUGGUUCUUCGCGGAGCCCGCGGCAGUUGCGGAGCGUGGGAAGACACAGCGAGUGGAACUACUGUCACCCACCAGCGCUGCGGGGCCCCGUCGUGUGGGGCAGCGCCGGCUGCUUCCCUGGGAGCUGGCGGUGUCCUCAUGCGGGAGGCCCGCGCGGAGCCCGCCCUGGAACACUCCCUGGAGCAGUAUCAGAAGCGCCUCCAAGAGCGUGCUAGUGAAAGCAUCCAUCAACUGAAAUACACCUUGGAGGAAAGAGAGUUUGCAAAGGGUGAAGAUGGAUUUGAACAGUCCUCUGUAGACAAGGGCAGUGAUGAUGCAGACAGUGAUGAUGACAGUGCCAAUGCAGCUUGUCAGGAACUGCAGCAUAGUCAUGCAGUUAAUCAACUUAAAGUUUUACUGCAACAUCAAGAAAGAAUGAAAAGUACAGUCUCUCCAUCAAGGAGGAAAGUGCCAUUCAAUAAACCCUCAAAAGCUGCAACUAGAGACUUACCAGACCUUGCUGAUCUUGUUCCUGUAAUCAUUGAUCAGUCACAGUACAUUAACCAUUUAGAAGCAGAAGUGAAGUUUUUAAAGGAGGAAUUGACUGGAGUCAAAGAUCAAGUACAAGUAGUUGUACUUGAAAAUGAGGAACUCUGUCAGAAACUGAAAUUCUUAACUGCAGAACAAACUCUUCUACAUGCCUCGGCAAAUACUCAGAACUCCCGGCCUGUAGGUGAUAAUGACUGUAGCACACGUCAGCCUGUCACCCCAUCACCAGCACAUAACAAAAAUCAGGCUUUUGUUACAGCAGCUGUUGAAGAAAUAGGAAAAUGGCCUGAGGAACUAAAACUUCUUUAUCAGGAAAGAGUCAAUAUCCUUGAUGAUCAAAUACAGUCUCUAAGAAAAGAACUUUCAGAAUCUCGCAAGACAUGUAAAGAUUUGGAAGGAAGGCUAAAACACCACAAGUUACUCGUUUCUGCUAGGAAUUGUAGCUGGGUUGGUGGUCUGUGUCUGAAAUGUGCACAACAUGAGGCAGUUCUUUCACAGACUCAUUCUAAUCUUCACAUGCAGACCAUCGAGAGGAUAACAAAAGAAAGAGAUGACUUGAUGGAUGCUCUUGUUUCACUGAGACGAAACAUGAAAGAGAUGCAGCAAAGAGAAUCUAAUGCUUUUGAGCAAGUUAAAAAAGCUGUGCAAAUGGCAGAAGAGGCCAACUUAGAAAAAACAAAGGCUCUAGUCCAGUGUGAACAGCUGAAAAGUGAGAUGGAACGACAGAAGAAUCGUCUUGAAAGGGAGUUAGCUGCGCAGCUAAAUAAGAGGACUGAUGAAAAAGAAGCACUGCGGGAAGAAAUGAAGAAGGAAAGAGAGGACUUGGCAGCAAUGGUGACAGCAAAGUCUGAGAAUGUGGCCAUGUUAGAGGCUCAAGUAGAGAGAAUUAUAAGGGAAAAGAGCUCUCUAGUUAACCAGUUAGAAGAAUCACAACAUCAGCUGGCAUCUCGUGAAAUGGAGAUGAAUAAGGUGUGUGGAGAAAUGCGCUAUCACUUGAAUCAAACCAAAAUGAAGAAGGAUGAGGCAGAAAAGGAGCUCAGAGAGUACAGAACAAAAACUAUAAGGGAGCUUGAAGUUAAGGACCAGAAAAUAGAAAAACUGAGAUUAGAGCUGAAUGGAAACAAACAGCGUUUGGAACAAGCCCAGCAGGAUGUGACAGGAGCCAGAGAGGAAUGCCUAAAACUGACAGAACUGCUGAGUAAAUCUGAGCACCAACUGCACCUCACCAGAUUGGAGAAAGAAAGCAUUCAACACAGCAUUAGCAAUGGAGCAAAGGCCCGAACCCUUCAGGCCCAGCACAGAGAGCAGGAGCUGACACAGAAGAUGCAGCAAAUGGAGGCCCAGCAUGAGAAAACUGUAAAUGAACUGGAUUCAUUGCUGACCUCCCAGAAUACAUUCAUAGCAAAAUUAAAGGAAGAAUGUUUUGUGUUGGCGAGACAGUUGGAACAAAUGUCAGAAAAAUACAGAUCUCAAGUCAACCAGCUUAGUCAGGAAAAAGAGUAUCUUCAUGGCAGAUUGGAGAAGAUGCAGAAACAGAAUGAUGAAUUGGACCAACAGUGUAUCCAGCAUGGGAGAUUGCAUGAGAGGAUGAAGUCGAGGUUACAACAGCUUGACAAGCGUGGCCAGACCACUGCCCAGCAGUUAGUGGAGCUGCUCAACAAACAGAAUCAGCUCUUCAAAGAGAAGCAGCUGCUUGCAGAAGAGGUGCAGUUUCUGCGAACACAGGUCUGCUCUGCAUCCCACUGAAGCUUGUUGGAAAGACACCGAAAGACACCUCUGCAGAAAGCAGGCACACUUGCUAUGUUCAGCUGGCUUCUAAUUGUUUUUAACUAUAGUAUCAUAAAUGUGUUGAAGGCCCACCAGCCUCCCGAACUUUCUAGGAAGACAGAAGAGACUCUUCUGAAAUGACCAGGCUUGCAAGCCAGUUUUAACAGCUAUUAUUUAGUGUGGACUUAAUUCAGAGUUUGUACAAUUUUCUAUAAAGUGGCUUUAUCUAUUUUUAUAAUGGAACAUAGAUGUC